AUGCAACCGCCACAGCCUUGCAACUGUCUCGGUCAGACAACCCAAGUCCUCAAUCGCUUCCCAGACCUCUCGACCUCCGACACCUACCGCAUCCCGCUAGAUGAAGUCCUCUCCGUCGGAACAGAUUUGGUUGACCACUGGGAGUUAUUACAUGGCUGCCCUUCAAAUACACACCUGGAUGCGCCCAUGGUGCAAACAAUGAUAGACGCGACGAUAAAAGCGCUCACGCUAUACGAGGCAGCGGUUGAGUCCAUACUUGGAGGAUGGGGCAAGGAGACUAAUGGUGGGGGUAUUGAUCACUCAUCGAGUUGCAACGGAGAUACCUCAGAAACAAAACCCGCAGUAGUUGUAACUGAGGUACCGAUAUCUUUUGGGGUUAUGCAGCUAGAUAGACAGGAAAAGACAAUGGUGGCGCGUGAAACUUUGCGUCAUGCUGCUACGCGGUUGGGCGAGAUGCUGCAUGAUAUCGAGGAGGAUAUGGGGGCGAAUCCUUCGGAAAGGAAUAAACAGGUGGAGGCCCAUCACCUUGAGUCGCAAUUCCUCGGCAACGCUCCAUCGCCGCACCACCAUCCAACAAACGAGUCUCGCGGGCAUGUGAAGCAUGCCAUCAGCGAAAACAAAAAUGUAACGGCAAGACUCCAAGUUGUAGGCAAUGCGAAGAUGCGAAGAUUCCUUGCGCAUAUCCGAAGUCUUCAAGAAAAGCUGCAGGAUUAUGAGACUGCGUUGAAAGAGGUAGUAAACCAGAUCCAGGGUGAGCCGGCUGAACGCGUUAAAGAUAUACUCCAGAAGUACAACUCCAAUUCAGACUAUGUGUCGAAUGGAAUGGUGUCGAAUGGAAUGCCUAAUGAGUCUCAUGACCAGACUAGAUCUAGGCGAUCCAGUUCACCUUCUUCCAUCGGGUCACUGGAAGCGGUAGAUCGAGUUGAUGAAGACCUCAAUUCAACAGAAAGCUCCCGGGCUACUGGAUAUCUGGGCAAAAGCUCAGAAGUUACAUGGAUGGGCCGUGUGGAGGAAGAGACAGAACUGCGCGGUCGUGAUCAAUCACCAAAAUCGAAGCCCGAAGACUACACUACUGACAAAAUCGCCCCAUCCGCGGUUAACUAUCAUAUCGAUGACCUGGGCAUUGAUGCACCCGGACCGGUACAAAUGUAUUGGGUUCCUCCUCAACCAUUAGCAGAUCAUCUCUUCGAAACGUAUAUGCGCGCAGUUCAUCCACAUUUCCCCAUCAUCAACAAGACUCUGUUUUCCACCCAAUACAGAGAUUUCUUCAAUGAUACAUCUUAUGCGGGCAAUAAAUGGAUGGCGAUAUUGAACAUGAUAUUCGCCAUUGCAACAGAAUACCUACAUAACAGUAAUGAAUCACAGCGGGGGAAUAUCAAAGACCAUCUCUUCUACUUAACGCGAGCUAGAAUGCUAAGCUUGGGUGGCGAUAGCAUGUUCGAACAUCCGAAUCUCGAACAAGUGCAAGUAGAGGGGGCGUGGAGAAUAUCGGCUUUGGCAAUUCGAUCAGCCAUCUCUCUUGGCAUAAACCUGAAGAGCACUUCGCAGAAAAUGUCAGGUAUAACAAAGGAGAUACCCUGCCGAGUUUGGUGGUGUCUAUACAUGGUCGAACACACACUGGGCUCGAUGACUGGUCGGGCAACUUCUAUUUCGACUAAUAUCUAUACCGCUCAACUACCCCUUCCUUUCGAUGAAGAUCAUUUGUCAGAGCCACCAGCUUCCGAGCUUCUUGAUGACCUUCAUUUGAGAGAGAAACGCGUGAACAUGGCCAUGACUAGCCCCCACCUUCGGCACCCCGAACGCCAGCAGACGGAAACUGCACUAGCUGGGCGCUCGUGGCUUCAAAGCCUUCCAGUCAAUCACAGUCUUUAUUUCCUAUAUUUCUGUGAUCUCAUAGCUCUAAAUCGCGAAAUCCUAAACCGCGUCUAUUCAGCAUACUCUGCGACAAUCUCGUGGGAAGAUAUCAAGAGCACUAUCAAACGACUGAAGGAAACUGUCGAUGAAUGGAUAUUGACUCUUCCGCCCGGGCUGAGCUUCACUUCCAUAAAAGACGAAAACCAAGAAACCUAUUGGGCGAAGACAAACCUAGCAUUCCACUAUCACAGCACACGGAUCAUGCUAGGUCGGCCAUGUCUCUGCCGACACAACCCAAAUCGGAGCGAAGAACAACGGAGACGUCUCGAUCAGCGGGGAUUUAGUCAUGACAUGGCGGUAAUGGCCCUGGAAUCGGCCAUGCACACGCUCGAUUUGUUGCCCGAUGAGCCGAGUCCUGCGCAUUUAUAUCAGGUUUGUCCAUGGUGGUGUUUCCUUCACUAUAUCAUGCAGACAGCAGCAGUAAUCAUCCUGGAACUCUCAUUCGGCUGUGUGCAUAUGAAAGACCGACAAAGCAGUUUGGUACAGUCAGCGAAGAAGUCUGUCCACUGGCUCUACAUGAUGUCCAAGCAUUGCACGGCGUCGUAUCGUGCAUGGCAACUUUGUGAAAGCGCAGUUCGCCGGCUGAUGUCUAGCAUGGGAUAUGAUUUCAGUGAUAUGCCAGCACCUUUAAAUACGCAUACUGAUGACCCCUUUGCACCGCGUCCACAGAUGGAUAAACGAGUCGAUGGUACAUACGUCUUACCUUACCACAAUCAAGGUCUAUCGUCAACUCUUUCCCAAGGCCAUGCCGUGGACAGCUACAAUAAUGAUUCGGACCUCACGGAUUCUUUGACGUCUGGGUUUUUAACUACACCAAAUACCCAAGAGCACACUUGGGGUGAGGCACAUUUCCCCUUUGACCCAAUUAGCGAAGAGUUCAUCCAUUAUUUCUUCCCUUCCCUGGAUGGAGAGGGAGAUAUGGGUGACGAAAAUUAUACAUUCUGA